ACGUGCGCGCCCCCGUCCGUCGCGUGGUGAACUUCCAUAUUGUUGCUGUAUGUAGAAUUAUAUUCGAUAUUUUAAAGGGGUGCUCUUGUGUUUCUUUCACCGAUAUGUUUUAAAUGCAAGUGAACAUUCUCAUUUGUAUAUUGACGCUAAUUUUGUGUAGAUUUUGAGUGAAGAAAGGGCAAAAAUUCGUUUAAUUGCGAAGUGCAACACAGUUCGGUUCCCCGUCCCAGGCUGAAGGCGAAUUUGGGGGUAACGUUGGUCUAGCAAUCGCAAGCUCGCCUAGCGAGGAUUAGACAGAGGGGGGAAAGGGGAAAUGGCCACUCAGGUGGACACUCUCUUACCCGGCAAUCCUCUAACGAAACCGGAGGAGCAUGGACAUGCAAGCUGUACAAAUCCAAGAGAUGACAGCAUGGAGAAUGGGGCGAAGCGGACGUCUAGCGCAGACAUCGACGCCCAAGCGGAGAAAGACGGGAAAUGCAGUCAAAAAGACCUGGCCGUGGCACCCCCUCCGAAGGUUAACCCAUGGACUAAGAAAAUUAAUCCUGUGCCCGUGGUUAGUGUGAACGGACAACCCCGGCAAGAGGAGUCUCUGCCAGCCAGGGUGGUGAGAGCUGGAGCCCCACGACCAAAGAGAGGCGGGAAGGUUGGAGAUUUUGCUGAUACCAACAGUUGGCCGACCCCAGGAGAGAUUGCGUCUAAAGACAUGCAGGCCCCCAAGAAAGCCAUCAGCAAGAAAGAGGAAAAGAGAGCUGGGGAAAGAGAGGAGGAGAGCAAGGAGAACCAGGAGGAGGUGGUGGUGGAGGAGAGGAGCAGAGACGAUGGACCUCACAAAGCGCAGAGAAGGAGAGGUAACAAACACAAGUGGGUUCCCCUGGUGAUCGAGGCUGCCUCGGAGGGCCCCCGCGAACGCUCCGCCUCCCGCAACAACGCUCGGCAGAACGAGCCUGCCAAGACUCCCACGGCGACCAGGAACGACCUCAGGGACUGGCACAGCGGGAAAUAUGAGCGGGAGUGGCGGGACGACCAGGACGAGGUGUCGAGCGUGAAGAGCGAGGGAUCCCCCUUCCGCGGCGGAUUCAGGGGGCGUGGCCGCGGAAGAGGACGAGGCAGGGGGCGGGGCAGGGGCGGAGGCAGAGGACACUACGAGUACCAGCAUGCGUACAAGCCCUAUGAAGGGAAGGAGGGUACGUACCCUCACAAGUUCAACAGGAGUAGCAGCAGUGGCGGCAACAGCAUGACGUAUUACUACGACCACCUGAGCAACAGUGAACUGUACACAGUGGACCCGGGCCUGCUAAAGGACUACAUCAAGAGGCAAAUUGAGUACUAUUUCAGCGUGGGGAAUCUGGAGAGGGACUUCUUCUUGCGGCGGAAGAUGGACGCCGGUGGUUUCCUGCCCCUCACCCUCAUCGCUGGCUUCCAUCGAGUGCAGGCGCUGACCACCGACCUCAGCCUGAUCCUGGAGGCCCUUAAGGACAGCAAGGUGGUGGAGUGUGUUAACCUGAAGGUGAGGGCUAAGGUGGAGCCAGAGCGGUGGCCGCUCCCUGCCCUCUCUGCACCCAGCCACACCCAAACCGACUUCUCCCGGCUCAUAGACUGCCCCGAAUUCAUCCCUCGCCAAGCCUGCCAAGGGCAAACAGUGGCUCCAGUGGAGGCUUCUCCAGAGCGGCGGCAGAUGGAGGACCUGGGGUCCCUGAAGAACAUGCCCAAAGGACUGUCCUCCAGCCUGCCUGACCUCGACUCGGACUCCUGGAUCGAGGUGAAGAAGAGGCCACGCCCUUCGCCUGCCAGACCCAAGAAGCCGGAGGAGGCCCGGUCCCAGCCGGCCCCUGCCCCAGGAGCGGAGCCCGAAGCGGAGGAGCUGGACUUCCUCUUCGACGAGGAGAUGGAGCAGCAGAUGGACGGCCGGAGAAACACCUUCACCGACUGGUCGGACGAGGACUCGGACGGCGAGAUCGACGACCGCGACGUCAACAAGAUCCUGAUCGUCACCCAGACGCCGCCCUACCUGCGCAAACACCCCGGCGGCGACCGCACCGGCAACCACACCUCCCGCUCCAAACUCACCGCCGAGCUCGCCAAGGUCAUCAACGACGGCCUCUGCUACUACGAGCAGGACCUGUGGGAGGACAGCAACGAGCCCGAGUACACCACCAUCAAGCAAGAAGUUGAGAACUUCAAGAAGGUGCACCUGAUCAGCCGGGAGCAGUUUGACUGCCUUGCCCCUGAAGCGCCCGUGGACCCUCAUCAAGAAGUUCCCCCUGGACCCCCACGCCCCAGCCAGAUGCCCACAGAUGAUUUGGCGAACAGACUGUUUGGAGCCCCAGAACCAUCCACAAUUGCCCGCUCCCUACCAACGACGGUGCCCGACUCCCCAAUCCACCGCGGCGGGCGCCCCCCCCGAACGCCCCGCACCCCACGGCUAAAGGACCCCACACUGACACCCCGCUUCUACCCUGUGGUGAAGGAGGGGCGGCCUGUCGAUGCCAAGACUCCACUGAAGAGGAAAACGCGUCACAGUGCAAACCCCCCCAUGGAGAGCCAUGUGGGCUGGGUAAUGGACUCCCGCGAGCAUCGGUCCCGAACCACGUCUGUCAGCUCCAAUGCCAGCCCUUCGGAGGGCGCCCCAGCCCUGGGAAACUUUGGGUGCACACCCCAGUCCCUCCCCAAAUUCCAGCACCCGUCCCACGAGCUGCUGAAAGAGAACGGCUUCACCCAGCAUGUGUACCACAAGUACCGCCGGCGCUGUUUGAACGAGCGCAAGCGCCUUGGCAUUGGGCAGUCUCAGGAGAUGAACACGCUCUUCCGCUUCUGGUCCUUCUUCCUGCGUGACCACUUCAACAGGAAGAUGUAUGAGGAGUUCAGGCAGCUGGCCGUGGAGGAUGGGAGGGAGGGGUACAGGUACGGGCUAGAGUGUCUGUUCAGAUAUUUCAGCUACGGACUGGAGAAGAAGUUUAGACCCGACGUAUUUGUGGACUUCCAGGAGGAAAGCAUGAAGGAUUAUGAAGCUGGCCAGCUGUAUGGCCUUGAGAAGUUUUGGGCAUUCCUCAAAUACUCCAAGACGAAAAACCUGGAAAUCAACCCCAAACUGCAGGAAUAUUUGGGCAAAUAUAAACGACUUGAGGAUUUCCGAGUGGAUCUGCCGAUGGAGGAAGGGGGCCGUCGCCGCCACCCCUCUUACCCUAUUGGCCAAUCGAAUGCCAGCUCCGUCCACCCCCCGCAGGGCCCCCCCAAAGAGGAGCGCAAACCCACAACUCACAGAAAAGCCCAGCAGUGACCUGCUCACCGCCAUCUUACGCCAUCUCCAUGGGGUCCACAGUGCUGAUGCUAAAAUAGACAUGCCCAGCGCUAACAACGGUCUCCCCAGGGCUCACACCUCCCAGCGCUAACGAGGGCCUUCCCAGAACACACGCACCUCCCAGCGCUAACGAGGGCCUUCCCAGAACACACGCACCUCUCGGCGCUAACGAGGACCUUCCCAGAACACACGCACAUCCCAGUGCUAAUGAGGACCUGUCCUAAAAGCACAACUCCCUGUGCUAAUGCUAACAUGGGCCUGCCAUGACCAAUUCAUCCCAGCGCUAACGAGGACCUGUCCUAAAAGCACAACUCCCUGUGCUAAUGCUAACAUGGGCCUGCCCUGACCAAUUAAUCCCAGCGCUAACGAGGACCUGUCCUAAAAGCACAACUCCCAGUGCUAAUGCUAACAUGGGUCUGCCCUGACCAAUUGUUAUAGCCCAGCACUAACAAGGACCUGCCCAGAACAUGCACACAUCACAGCGCUAACAAGGACACACCCCAGUUCUAAUGCUAACAUGGGCCUUCCCUGACCAACUCAUCCUUGCCCAGCGCUAAUGUGGACCUGUCCUAAACGCAUAACUCCCAGUGCUAAAGGUAACAUGGGCCUGCUUUGAACAACUCAUCCUAGCCCAGUGCUAACGUGGACCUGCCCAGAACACACAUGUAUCCCAGUGCUAACGUGGACCUGUUCUAAAAGCAUAACUCCCUGUGCUAAUGCUAACAUGGCCCUGCCUUUAUCAACUCAUCUUAGCCCAACGCUAACGUGGACCUGCCCAGAACACACAUCACAGCGCUAACAAGGACACACCCCUGGGCCUUCCCUGACCAACUGAUCCCAGCCCAGCGCUAACGUGGACCUGCCCAGAACAACCACAUAUCCCAGCGCUAACGUGGACCUGUCCUAAAAGCAUAACUCCCAGUGCUAAAGGCAACAUGGGCCUGCCUUGAACAACUCAUCCUAGCCCAGUGCUAACGUGGACCUGCCCAGAACACACAUGUAUCCCAGUGCUAACGUGGACCUGUUCUAAAAGCAUAACUCCCUGUGCUAAUGCUAACAUGGCCCUGCCUUUAUCAACUCAUCUUAGCCCAACGCUAACGUGGACCUGCCCAGAACACACAUCACAGCGCUAACAAGGACACACCCCUGGGCCUUCCCUGACCAACUGAUCCCAGCCCAGCGCUAACGUGGACCUGCCCAGAACAACCACAUAUCCCAGCGCUAACAUGGACCUGUCCUAAAAGCACACACCCCAGUGCUAACGCUAACAUGGGCCUGCCCUGACCAACUGAUCCCAGCCCAGAGCAAACGUGGACCUGCCCAGAACAACCACAUAUCCCAGCGCUAACAUGGACCUGUCCUAGAAGCACACACCCCAGUGCUAAUGCUAACAUGGGCCUGCCCUGACCAACUGAUCCCAGCCCAGCGCUAACGUGGACCUAGCCAGAACUUGCAUCGCUUAAAGCCUCAGGAUUGAGAAUCAAGGUUCUUCCUUUUAAAGACUUUUUUUUUUCUUUUCUUUUUUUUUAAGAAAUAUAUCCAUGCUUAUUUUUAAUAGUUUAUUUUUUAUUUUGAAGUCAAUUUGUAAACAUUUCCCAGUGGAGACAGGUGGGGGUGGACGGGGACCUGAGUUCUGUGCUUUUCAUUUUCCUUUCAUUUUGGGUUUCUGUGACAUUUUUGGAGGCAGUGGGGAAGUCCCCCAUCCCACACCAUCAUGCUGACCAGAGGAUUGGGAGCAACCUCUGCAACAGUGUGGAGACGUUCUGCAAAAACUGGUUAUACCCCUCUCAUGCCCUAGUGAACCCCCAUACCCCCCCCCCUAACUACAGUCCCUCUCAUAGCCCCAGUGUACCCUCAUACUCCUGCAGAAUGCAGUGUAACCUCCCGAGGAAUGACAUCACUGAGCUGAAUACUUGAAUGUGGAUGAUGUCACGGAUCACCUUCUUCUGCUGGUGCUGAAGGCACGACUAGUGUGUCCCCCCCACCCACCUUAUAUCUGCUUAUCAUUUUAAAUCAUAUUGGGAUAAUUACUUGGAUUUAUGGGUAAACGAUAUCUUUGCCUUUUUUGUAUAUAUGCGUUUUUUUUUCUUCUUUUAAACAAAAAAAAAGAAAUUGUGUGUAAUCUUUUAAUGCUUUUAGAUCUUUUUGCGGAGUUCUAAAUUCUUUUUCUGCUAAUGGAAUGCGCUAAUGUGUUUAGCGUUGCUUAUGAAUUCAGUUGAAAUAGGGGAACGUUCUGACCAACAAAGGGAAACUGAAAUUAGAAAUCUGCACAAAGCCUUUUAUUUUAUUUUAUUUUCUCUUAAAAGCCCAUCUGUUUACAAAGCGUGCGCUAAUAUGAGGUCUCCAUUCAGCAAUCUUCAGCUGGAGCCAAAUAUUAAGACAUUCUGGAGACAACUCCUGAUACUCACACGCUCACGCUCACAUACACACACGCAGAAACACACAAACACUCGACAGUACAAACAAGCACAACAAGCUUCCAUAACACCACUUGCACCAAGGAGCCAAUGUCCAGCAUGUCCUGCCUCCAGAUGUGCGUCUUGUGUCUGUUUGGUGUUCCUGAAACAGCCCUCACUACAGAAACAAAUACUUUGUUAUUGGUUCCAUUCUUGUCUUAAGUGCUUUUUACCAUCAAGGCUGAAAAUAUCCAUGCAGAAAGUGAAAAGCUCAAGAUUAAUACUAUUUCAGUAAAAAUGCCCUGCGGUACACAAAUGAGUAGCACAACCACAAAGUGAUUCAUCUCUUAAAUCUUUUCCUCUGAAUUCCAUGCCUCCUCGUUCGCCCUUUAUCCUCUAUGGCUGUAGUUAGGGUGUGGCCUAGAGAGGAAAGUAGCAGUGUUUUUAUUUUCUGUUGGGCUGUGGGAGCGUCAAGUGGCAGAAAGCCAUAAUUAAUGACCAUCCAACAUAGUGUUAAUAUUCCAUCACCAUAAAACAAUCCAAGACUUAAAGAACGAAAUCUAAUGGACAAAUGUAAAAUACUUGAAUGAGAUCUUGUGUAAAAAAAAAAACAAACAAAAAAAACAUUUAAUAUUCAUAUCUGCUUUGUAGGCUGAUGUGAUUGGCUGUUGGUGUUAUUUGUAAUUUAGUAAUUAUGCUUUUCCUUAAAUAAAACUCACCAAAAAAAACCUUAAAUACUAUUGUAAGACUUGUUUCUUUUUAACUAGACAAGUAACGCAAAUACCCACGCGUUACAACCGUGGUAUGAAGAAGAGCAUCUCUGAACACCGUCAAAUUUAUAGGCUAAAGCAGUAGAUGACUUAAGUCGAAAGAAUACGUCAAUAAAUACCUAAUAAAGUGAUCACUGAGUGUAAUUGCAGUCCAUAUACCAUGAUACUCAUUCGCAGGGCCAAGUAGUGCCUUUAAUUCACCACAAGAGGCCGCUGUGUUGCCAAGACCAUGCAAAAAUCUGCGUGCAGGUCCUUUACUUCGCCACUAGAUGUCGUGGUUUUGUCGAGUGUGUUCCGACUCUUUUACUUCGCCGCAGGUUUGACACUACCACCAGGGAGCAGUCUUGUUUUAACAUUCAGGAACUUCGCACUAUUGUGUUGUGCAGUGCUAUAUUAUAUUGCAUAGCGUAAAUUAAUGUCUGCAUUAAAUAAUGUAGUGUGCAUUUUAUUUAUGUGCGCCUGCUGCAAAAAAAACUUUCAGCACUUGAAACAUGUUAAUUUAGUCGUUGUAUUGUUCUCUUACUUUCUUACAACAAACAUUUAAAGCUACAAUGUGUACAGUGCAUGUGUCUCACACGGGGCAAGGGAUCCGAUGUCCAUGGUCUUCCAGUUAUCUGUGAGAAGUACAACUCUAUCGCUGCUGGCUCUUUCCUGUAGUCUGUGUGUGUAUAUGUAUAUAUGUGUGUGUGUGAUUUCAAUGGUACAACUGCCAAAUUCCAAGAAAGGAGGGGAACAGUGUAAACACAACAGAUUAAAUAAAAGGAAAAUGCAUAUCAAAAGCAAA